AUGGCUUGGUUUGUCGUUUUUCUUAUUUGUACGGCAGUAUUCGUGGAGGGAAGACCACGACACCAUAAGCACAAGAAAGGUUUGUAAAACGGCGUUAAAAUUUUUCAAUUCUAGAGGUUUCCAUGGGCUGUUUACUUGGACAAUUUUUUUUUCAUAAUAACCAUAUCAGCCCGCCCAACGGUUUAAAUCAUUUGGCGACUGUUUUUUUUUCUGUCUGUUUGUGACGGAUUUUUAAGCCACGACAUUCCGUCUCCGGGUUGUCACUUCCUAAAUAAAAACGAAUCGCAUUUCUAAUUACCUAAGAGGUCGCACCUUGGAGUAACCUGAAAUACUGAGCCGUAAAGUGUCGUCGACAUGAAAGACAAAGCGCAAAUCAUUCGUUAUUGUUCAUGCUUUGACACAUUCUGAAGCUGAAUACGAUUGUCAACAAACCGUUCCGAUAAACUAAAGUGCAUUUAAGUGCACAAACUAAAGCCAUUGUUCUUCUAAUUAAAUCCUUUGUUUAGUGACGUUUCCAUUGUCGAAGCUUUUGUUUUUGAUGCGUCGAUUAACGUUAAUUGUGGUUUGGAUCUCGAUGAUUUCAUUAUCACUUAAUGAAGGGGAACAUAAGGAUUCGCGGCUGCGACUAUGUUAUUUAACAACAAAGGUUGAGAUAAUGGCGCUCGUGCACAUUAAUCUUUUUUAUGUAACCUUAUGUGUUACCAGUCAAAAUUUCUUUUCCGCGCACGGAAAUCGUAAAAGAUUAUGGAGCUCAACAGGCCGUUAACAUCUGCAAAACAGAUUUAACAGCGUACAAAAAGGAAGUAGAUUGGACUUUUGUCAAUCACAGGCACUUUUAACAAGCUCUUAACCUUUCGUAGUUGUCUCACAAGCAAAUAACAAAGGUUCUCUGGAAGGUGGUGGCAGGCUGAGAAGAAAUAUGUUCGGCCAGAAUAAAAAGGGAGCAAAAAACUGAAUGAUACCAUUAUUUACAAGUUAAAUCACAAUUUGUGUGAAAAUACAAAAUAGAAAAGAAAAUAGAGUUAACCGUCUACUGAUCCAUUUCGCUAAUGAGUAACACCUGUUUGUUCGCUAAUAAAAUUUUAACAACAUAAAAGUUUCUGCCCUCCUUCACUGUCACCUCUCUAUAUUUUAAAAAUUUGAGAAAUUGUCGCCCAAGUUUGAGACUUAGACACAUGCAAAAGUGAUCUCAAAUGCGGUGGUGUUUCCGGUGAAUGCACAAACGCUGUCCAGACAAUCGUCAUGAAUGGAGACAACUAGAGCAUGAAACAUGCAUUUAGACACUUACACGUACUAAGAAAAGGGAUUGGAGAAUAUGAAAGAAGAAGUGUCAAAAGGACAGACAAAAUGAUUUCUCUCGAACAUAGACUUCUUUGAGAUUCUUUCGGGUUUCUAAACGGUUUAUGACUAAAAUCGCAAUAAAAUUUGUCAGGCUGGCAGCGCAUGUCCGUCCGAGUUUAUUGUCGGAGCCUCCAGUGUCUUCUGUGACUAAAGACGUAAAUAGCUUCAGCACACGUAAUAAAGCACUCCCUAAACAAAAUGAGGCAAAUACAUUUUGGGGUCACGAUCAAUUGAGAGUACACUUCCUAGAAUUGACUCCUUGAGCUUAAAAAACGUUGCCCCUGACGUUUUUCAGUCAUUUGCUUUGACUCCUUGAAAGGAAGACACCAGUCUAUGAGUUGGCGCCUCGAGUUGACGCCUGUCGUUUAUUCAGUCAUUUUCCUUGACUCCCGGUGACAUAAAACAUGGGAAUUGCCUUCCUUUCAGUUUACAAACCUGUUUCAUACUAAAAUCGUGAAAUGUCGAAAAAAAGCACUUUGAUGCUAACUGGUUGAUUUGAGGUUUCCUUCUUUAAGGGACGCAACCUGUGAUAAUGUCCAUUUGAAGCCCCGUCCGCACGCACCCGGAUACUCUUGAAUCCGCAACUUUUUCUUUCCGGAUACGGCUUCCGUCUACACGUAUAUGGUGAAUCCGGCAUACGAAUCCGCAACGUUUUGAAUCCGCUCUCCAGAGAGGAAAUUUUUGAAUACACCAUGAAUCCGAAAUCGUGUGGACGCUAAAUCCGGACAUUUUGAUAUCCGGUGACGUAACAAGAUCGACCUUAAUUUUCUACCGCGAAUACUGUAAUUAAGAUGUCAACUUCGUUCCCAGGUUCUCUCAAAGCAGAGCAAGAUGCAAAUCUCAAGCGCUUUACGACGCAUGCUCUUUUGCCAAUUUUCGCAGAGGAGUCCUGGGAACUAGAGUCAAUCCUGAUACGUGUGGACGGACAAAUUCGAUUUGAAUACGGAUACGUCUAGUCGUGGAAAUUUUUAAGCCGGAAAGAAAAAGUUGCGGAUUCAAAAUAUUCGGAUACGUGUGAAUGGGUCCUGAGAGACAUUUCACUAACUAUCCUAGAAAUCCAGGCGACAUACUUAAGCUUACAUGCAUGUAGGUUCGUUUAUUGAUCUAGUGCCUUGAGACAAAUUAAAAUAAGGGGAGCUAAGGGGCACCAAACCUACCCCGGCUAAGGUCAAAGAAGCAAUGUUUGGAAAUUUUAAAAAAUUCUAAAAGUAGGAAUUGUCCCCAAACUGAGAGAAACAUUAACUUGAUAAUCACUCAUAACAUUAAAAGAAGGUAUUAACAAUAACACAGCAAAUACAAAAGGAGGCACGGAUGGACAAACUUGAAGAAGAUUAAAACGGAUUGAACUUGUGGGUUUUGGAAAUAUUGUUAGGCUAACAUUUUUUCAAAGUUCAAUUUUGUUGUUUGUAACAUUUGAUAUAAUGCUCGAGAUGUGAUUUUGACAUAAUGUCAAGAUCCACAGCCGAUAAGGAAGCGUAAUUAGCAAUAUCAACAAUAUCAACAUGACAGCCGUGACACAACGCCUUUAAUACAUGACGUACUUAUGAAAUCUCUGUCACACAGCUCACGAGGCAACUCAUCUCAAUGACGAUACACCACCACAGGCAUACCACCAGCCCAUGGAUGACCCAGCCAAAGGAACCCCACAGAAUAUCAACGUGUACAAUAUGGGCAUACGUAAGAUGGCAAAAGACAACAAAGUAACAGCGCAGAUGGACGCACACAAUGUGGCACUUACCAUGCAAGGACCUGGGAUUAUAUCGGUGGGAGCCACUCAACAGCAAGUUGCACAGGGUGACCCAAAACCCGACCACACCAUUAGUGUGGUCAAAGACACCCCUUCGGAUAAGAGUUACCACGUGAUAAACGUCCAUUCAGGUAAAUAAAGAUAGGGUAGGGGCUAUGGUGAUGUUCGAUGUACAUGUAGAUGAUGUAUGAAUAAGUAGAUACUUGCAAACUUGUUCAUUCAUGUUUAGCUAGCUAUUUAAAGCGAGCAAAAGUCGAUUUGAAUUAACCAUACCGGAUCAGUUCACUUAAAGAGUUUAAAUCAGCAUUAAUAAUACAGGGCCGGGUUCCUCAAAAAAUGGUUAAGUUUAACCCAGGAUUAAGCAAAAUUUGCAGCAUGGUUUUCUCGUCUAAGAAAAUGCAACUCGAGUUUACAAAAUACAGUUGAGCCUUUACUACGAGAUACAGUGAUGAUAACACAAAAUGUUACCCUAAGCAAUGAGUACGAAUGUAAAAUACAAAAAAGGAACAAAGUUUCAAUCCUGGAUUANGUUUUUAUCAAAAAACAAUUUUUUAUUUAAAAAAAACAGAAAAGGAAUGAGUGGGUGAAACCCAAGCUAAAUUUAACCUAUUUGAAAUCAGUUCAAUGAAUGGUAUCCAGGACUACUACUGGUUAUACAGUGAUCUAGCCCAGGGCAGGGGGCAGUCCGUCCUCUAUGGGUUGCACAGGGAAGGGGCUGCCCCAGGUUGAGUGCCCCCCCCCCCCCCACCCCAAGGAGACUAUGGACCAACAAAAAUUAGGGUCAAUUUUUGUGGCCUACAGACUGCCCUGUCUAGAAAAACAAGUAUAUUAAAAGAAUUAUGAGGGAAAAGAUAAAACAGUGAAGGAAUAGACAAGGGGAUAAAGGUUAGAGGCAAAGCAGUAAUGCUUGUAAUCUUAAUUUGGUUUUGAUAAUAAAACUGCAAUUUUUUUCUGAAGGUCAUAAACUACCUAUAGUCCUCCCACUGUCAGAGCUGCCUUCACCGCAAGCGGCACCAAAAGAAGGGAAAUCUGAUCACCAGCAACCUACCGUGGCUAUGAACAAGGAUCUAUCAAGGAUGUCUAGCAAACAAAAACCGAAGAUUGCAUUGCAAGAAGGGCAGAAACCACCCUUGGCGACCAAAGAUCAAAACCAGCAACAUGUUCCAUCAGUUCAUGUACAGAACAAAAUGAUCAAAGAAAAAGCAAACAAGGUGCCGACAAAUCUUGCAAGUAGUGUUCCUGUGGAAGACCAUAACCCCAAACGUGAGUGGAUGUUACUAUAAAAGUGAAUAGGGAAUGGGAAAAUGAAAAAUGAGAACAGGUCGGAGAAUGGUUAAUGAAGAUGCUGAUAGGGCUAGGUUCAAGUUAAGUUUGUUCCCAUUUUUCCUUUUUUCUGUUCCCUUCCCCGUGCUUGUUCCCUUGUCCCCUUUUCAAUGCGAGUGGAUUUGACACAUUUUAAAAUAAGCUGUGAAUAAAGGCAAACUAAAUAGAUGUUGCUACUUGCAAUAGUGCCGUGGCUAGUAAAUAAAGGCUUAUAGAUUUUAUUAUUAAUUAUGAAAACCCGUGUAUUAAUGGGUUUUAAAUUAUUAAACAUGAAAGGCUUCAAUCAAAUUUUCCAAAAUUAGCAACGUGUACCUCUGCCCACCUGUCCAUGAUCUAAUUCAGUUACUGACACCAUCGAUGUCAUCAUCAUCAUUUAUCCACCCACUAACUCACCAUUAUAAUUAUUAACUAUUUAUCUUUUUUAUCAUUAAUAUUAUCAUUUAAAGUCUGCAGUUUGCAGUUCAACCUCUCUACAUUUUGCCCCUGGUCCAAAGUCAGUCUUCUUUUACAACUGACCAGUUUUGUUGUCUUCAAUAGACUAUUUUACAGUUACAGGUGAAAACGAGGCGGGAGUUGACGUUGUUUUGAUACAAACCUUCCAGCUUUACUAUUUUAAUUAUGUUGUUCUUUUGCUAACUAGUAUUUUUUUAGCAUAAUUUUCAUAAGAAAAGGAAAGAGCUUUGUAUCAAAACAGGGUCAACCUCAGCCUCACAUUUACUCAGAGGCUAGGAGCUAAGCUCAUAACUGUAAAGUGGCGUAUUGUGAGCAACACUAGCUGGAAGCCUAGCAUCCCCCAGAACAAAGGAGAAAGUUGAACCCUCUCAGGGUCUUUACUAAAUUGCAAUAGGGUCAUGGUGAUGCCUACAAAGUGCUUUAAGAACUGGAUGGGUAAUCACAGAUAUUUAAGCAAUGGACCUUUCUAUGGGUUUACCAGCGUGAUAACCCACGCGGGAUGUUGGGAGAACACGAGAAUAGCUUGUAAAUCACGAGCCAAAGGCGAGUGAUUUACAGGCUUUUCGAGUGUGGUCUAUUGCUUUUAUAAAAUAACAUUAAGUUUUCUAUGAGUUAACCGGCACAAUAAUUCAUAGGUUUUUAAUCAAUCAGAACGCCCGUACUAUCUUAGUUAUUUUAUAAAUGUAUACAUAAACUAGUUAAGUUUUACUUCAUUGCUUGUUUCAUAUGCCCACGUUACUAUACUAAGCACUAGGGACAAUAAGCUUAUAUUUGGCAGAGAAAUGGCAAAGCAGGGAAGCUUACCUCGUAUUACCAUUUGCUUUGUCCAUCAAAAUCUUGCGUCUUGGUUAGCGUGAGUUAAAAAAUCGAACACUUCAACUUUCAAAUCAUACUUGUACAAGUACAUCACGAAGUUUCCAUCUCCAGGUCAAAUGAUUGCGUCUCGAAAUUUAUAAAGGGCUGCUUCUCUCGUAAAAUGAUCGAUCACUAAAGGCUGACAGUUCGAUAAUAAUUUGCAACACCCAUGAGCCGUCUUGUCAUGUAAUCAAGCAACAUAUGUAAACAGACUCCAAGCUCCGAAAGUCGAAAAAAGAUUACAAGGUAUCAAAAUUAGAAAGCGCUACAACCAUUUUGAAAUGGACGCCAAAAAGAAUGACCUCAAUGAGCAUGUAGCAAAGGAAAGUCCGCUGACCAAGAAACCGCACCUUUCUAGUCUCCAUUCUCCCUGGUUUUCGAAUUUUUUGAACUUCAAAACACUGCGGCUCAUUUUUUAGAGGAGCUUACGAUUUAUACACAGAUUGAGAUCAAUCCUGCAAAUAUCGACAACUGUUGGUAUUUUCUGCGAUUUUCUUGCAAUGGGCAACGCAACUUUCAAAUGCGAAAGUAAACGUGUGCGUGAUGAUAAAAACUAUGUAGUAAAAAGGUGAAGUAUCCUGAAGUAUAAUACCAUCAACAGACGUGAUGCAACCACUCCCUUUGACUCUUAAGAUGACUACCGCACAGGUUGUCGAAACGUCAGUUACUGUCAACAACAACAGUCCUAUUCAGGACUAGCGGACUACGUUCACCCGGACGAUCAAACUCAACCUACUUUCAAAAUGACUCCUGGGUUCAAACCUUUCACAUAAAUUCCUUUAUACACAUUUACGCAAAAUGGGCAGGUGGCGUUGAGUUUCUUGGGAAAAUUUCGCAGAUUUAAAAAAUUUAACAUUGUAAGUGUCUUACGUUUCCUGAUGUGUAUUAAUGACCAGACGACGUUUUCUACAGUUCAAAUUUCGACCUAUUGUCUUAUCUAGCCGUAAAUUAGGUGCAAAACUUCUAACGCUUCUGUUGUUCAUUUAGGUUACGUUCAGAUUUCUUUAGUUAAUUUGUUUUCCUAUUUAAUAUUGAUCAUCUUAAAUUGUAAUUAGACUAAGAAACUUCCCUUUGGAGAGUCAGGAGACAUAAAAAUAUCCUGCAACGUGUCUCUCAUUCAUGAUACCAGUGGUGGAUCCAGGGGAGGGGCCAGGGGGUCCGGCCCCCUCCCCCCCCCCCUUAUUUUUAGACCAAACUGAGGCCCAAAGAGCCGAAAAAAUGUUUUUUGGACACCGUCCCGCCCCCUUAUCUCAGGGUCUGGAUGACCUCCCCCCCCCCACCUUUAUCUGAAGGUCUGGAUCUGCCGCUGCAUACACUCAGGGCGCGAUCCAUUCAACCAAAAUUUCCGGAAAUUUCGGUCCAAAACUCAAUGGAUCGGGUCGGUCCAACCGGAAAAGUUUCGAAAAAACAGGUCCACCUUUUGAGGUGGUCCUCUUUUCCCGGUCGGACCGGUCUGAAUGUUGGUUGAAUGGAUCGCGCCCUCACACUCUCCGCACCACAUCCAUCGAGCAGUCGAACUCCACUCCUUCCUUCCUUCCUAGCUUGCUCGUUUGCUCCCUCCCUUCCUUCCAUCAUUCAGCCCACCAUUGAGUCGUUCAUUUUAUCUAUAUGGAUUUAUUUAUUUUUAUGUUCUUUCAACUUCACAGACGAAGAACAAGUUGUCAAUGGUCACAAGAUUAAAGUUGCCAAUGCAGGCGAGCCUCAAAAAGUUUUCAGUCAGGUGGAUUCUAACAAUGUCGCCCUCACGGUUCAUGGGCCUGGGUCGGCAUCUGUGACGUCAAACGUUAAAGGGGGAAGCACCCAAACUGUCAUUUUCGAUCCCAGGCCAUAUGAUCCAUGUCCUGGGGUUAAAUGCCCGAAAGAAAACUGA